ACGGCGCUGCCGGGAGACGGCUGUAGCAGGGAUAAGCGCUACCUUAGCACACUGUAGCGAUGUAGCUGGCUGGCUGGCUGGCUAGCUGAAGUGCCACAAUACCGCUGUACUGGACUGAAGUUACUAAGAACGAAGCGCUCACGGCGGCAACCGAAAUAAUAAACGCCAGACUCUUACAAAGAAGCUUCAGCUAAGCGUUAACGUGCUGCAGCCAGUCCCGGAAGUUUUAUUUAGCCUUAUAGCUAGCCAUUUAGCUUUUAGCUUGUGUUCUUGGCUCCAAUGUCUCCCUUUUCGUACCGCGAGUUGACGUGCUUGCCAGUUGUGUUGACCGUCACUGUUUUAGCUGUCUCUUUUGUACGUUGAUAAAUGACUGAGGUGGUGAAUAUGUUUGAGCGUCGUUGUUAUGUUCCUGACUGGCAUUCCAGGUGCCUUACAGGCCAUUUGAUAGUGUCAUAGCAGAGAUCUGUUUGUUCUCCGAUGCCUCACACGAAUCGACAAAUCGCAUUUCACUUCUGUUGUUAGUUCAGGUAAGCGCAUCCUGUCUGGAUGACGUGUCGUAUGGUAUUUGAGGGUUGUAGGGAAAAUGCGCAGUAAUCUCCAAUGGAAAACAAGCCUAAAAUAACUAGCAACACGUAGCCAAAGCCAGCCGCCCAUCAUUAAUGGUACAGAUUUUGAAUGACCGUGGUCAAAGAUUGCUAUUCUUAAGGAGGUAGCUUCCAGACCAUUAAGUACUUCUAGUUCAACAGAAUGCUAUUAAACCGUUUUGUUGUAUUUUCUUUAAAUCUCAAUUGUAUUUCCAAUUUAUCUAUGUAUGUUACACUAGGCUAGUCUAACUUAAAUAAUAAUUGAAUAAGAAAAGUUCAAGAUUAUGGAUCCUGCAGACACAAUGAGUUCCAAAUUUGGGCUGAUCAACUAUAAUGUCCGGAAACACAUCUCCAUCUCCAUACCUUCCUCCACAGAGGUGAUGUCCCCACACAUCAAAUCUGUCGAGGAUCUUCGAGUGCUAGGGGUCAACCUAAGCAAUUUCAACACUCUGACACAGUUCUUCAUCUGUGUAGCGGGAGUCUUCCUCUUUUACCUCAUCUAUGGUUACCUGCAGGAACUGAUAUUCUCCAUAGAAGGUUUCAAACCCUUCGGUUGGUACCUCACCCUGGUCCAGUUUGGGUUCUACUCCAUAUUUGGCCUCAUCGAACUUCAACUUACACAGGACAAGAGGAGAAGGAUCCCAGGAAAAACAUACAUGAUCAUAGCAUUUCUAACGGUUGGGACCAUGGGCCUUUCCAAUACAUCGCUGGGAUACUUGAACUAUCCAACGCAAGUCAUCUUCAAGUGCUGCAAACUCAUUCCUGUUAUGAUCGGUGGAGUUUUCAUACAAGGGAAACGCUACAACUUUGCCGAUGUAUCUGCUGCCUUGUGCAUGAGUCUGGGUCUCAUCUGGUUCACGCUUGCAGACAGCAAGGUCGCACCAAAUUUCAAUUUGACAGGGGUUAUACUCAUCUCCCUGGCGCUUUGUGCCGAUGCUGCUAUUGGCAACGUGCAGGAAAAAGCCAUGAAGCUACACAAUGGGUCCAACUCUGAAAUGGUCUUGUAUUCUUACUCUAUUGGGUUUGUGUACAUUCUACUUGGUCUGCUAUGUAUGGGUGGACUGGCACCUGCAGUGGCCUUCUGUUCUCAGCACCCGUUGACCACAUACGGCUACGCGUUCUUCUUUUCUCUGACCGGUUACUUCGGCAUUUCCUUCGUGCUGGCCUUGAUAAAGCUCUUCGGAGCUCUGGUGGCCGUCACAGUGACAACGGGAAGGAAGGCCAUGACGAUCGUCCUGUCAUUUUUAUUCUUCACAAAACCCUUCACUUUUCAGUAUGUGUGGGGAGGGCUGCUGGUCGUCUUUGGGAUCUUCCUCAACGUUUACAGCAAAAACAGGGACAAAAUGAAGCUGCCCUCAAUCGCCGAGCUCCGCAAGCUUGUGCUCAACGGCAGGAAGGGUCGCAUGCUCUCUCAGACUGUGUAGGCAAGUGACCUCUGACCUCACCUUUAUGGGGUUUCUCCAUUCAAGUGGAUGGGUGCCGUGGUAGCAAGUUCAACGCAGCGACCUGCGGUCCUCUGACAAGGCUUGGCAACAGGGACCAGUGGGUGAACGAUAGGGAGAGUGACGAUUUUAGCCAAACGGCAGUUUAUUGCACCAGCCAGAGGUGUAAUCCUGUCGGCCGGGUGACAGCAAAACUGUGAAAGGAGAAAAAGAGACUCCUCCCUAAUCAUGUCUGAACUGGAUGAUUAAUCAAAAGGAUCAUCGCAGUAAUCUCUUUUUCACCUGCAUGUGCCACAAACACUGGCGUCCUUUUACACAGAAGCCAGUCAUUUCCAUUUUUCUUUUCUUUUUAAAAUUUUUUAAUUUAACUGUGAGUAAAAGAGGGAAAACAAGUAAUAUGACUGUAUCCUAAUGUUUAUCAGUGUGUCAACUGCCAUAUUUGCUAUCCAUUAAUUUGGUGAAAGGGCAGCUCCUUUUACAUUAAAAAUAAACUGGGAAGUUUAUCCAA